GGAUGUUGAGUGUAUCAAACAGCUGAUAUAUUUCGGCUUUUGCUUGCUAACCAUUGCUAACCAUGAGCAAGAUGAGUAUAAGAUCACAAUUGUCUUAUAUGAACCGUUACGAUGUUCAUAAGAUGUUAAUAAAUGAGUAUGUGCUCAAGAAUCCUGGCGAUACAAAGUUUCUGCAGAGAGACACAUCCAAAGAUAAAAGAGACUUUGAUGUUAUCAGAGAGAAUCACAAGUUCUUGUGGGAUGAGAGUGAUUCCACAGAAUCGUGGGGACAACGGUUUGCCAAAAAGUAUUAUGACAAGUUGUUCAAAGAGUACUGCAUUGGGGACCUCAGCAGAUACAAGGAGAACAAGAUAGCCCUGCGCUGGAGAACGCAGCAAGAGGUUGUUGUGGGUAGAGGACAGUUCUCAUGUGGGAACAAGAAAUGUGAGGAGAGAGAUGACUUGAAGACUUGGGAAGUUAACUUUGGAUAUGUUGAGGAUAGUGUGAAGAAAAACGCUUUGGUCAAAAUAAGAUUAUGUGAACCUUGCUCCAAGAAGUUGAAUUACCACACUAAGAAAAAGGAGGUGAAGCGUUUGAAGAAACAUGUAAAGAGGAGAUCCAGUGGUGAGAAGAAAAAGGAUAUUGCUGAGGUGGAAAAAGUGGCGGAGAGUGAAGUUAUCAAAGAAGCACAGACAAGCGAAGAAUCAUCACCAUGGGCUAAUGUCAAACAAACAGAUGUUAAGAGUAGAGAGGAAGAGAUGGAGGAGUACCUUGAAGAUUUACUAUUGUAAAGAGUUAAAUAAAAUAAAAAAGGUUUAUUUGUAAACUCACAGUUAAAAACAAAAUAAAUAUAUAA